AUGGGCGUUCAAGCAGUUCCGGAGACGACCAAUUUUGAGACAUUCUACGAAGCCGAUAUUCAGGAGUCUGCUGUUUUGCUUGAAAUGGUCGCCAAAAUGAGAGAGGGAGAAGCCAAAUCUUGUGAUAUCAGCCGGAUGAUCAAUAUCCUUCAUUCGCCAAUAUUCCGCGGAGUAUUGUCGAGAACGCGCGUCUGGCUCUCACUUCAAAACAUUCAAGAAUAUCCAUCCGAGAUGACUGUUUAUGAAUGUGCCGGUGUAUGGAAACAACUAGUGUUACGGGGUAAUGAUUCGGGAGAGGAUGGGAUCAACUGUUCAUCAUUUGUCAUUCGAAAUAUACAGAAACUUUUGAAUGAAGGGACAUCAGAGGGUUGGGGAUUAUACAUCCACAGUGGCCCCUGGUAUUUGCCAUGUAUCGGUGAGAAACAGAAGGCUUUUGAGGAGAAAUAUAAUGUUCGAAUUGUGCUGAUUACGUUGGAAGGGUACGAGAGUAUUAGACGAUCUCUCUGUAUCUUCCAUUGCAACAAGCCCGACACACUUCUCUUCUUGCGUUAUGAAUCGACUCGG